AUGGGCUCCUCAGCCUCCAAGCCCGUGAGAUCCGCCGCCCAAGCGGCUCGACGGCAAUAUCCCAAACAACCCACCCUCCCAACCUCAAGGCCCAACCUACCAUUCCAAAGAACCCCCUCAACCCAACGCUCAACAGAAUCUGCAAAAACAGCAAUCGACCUCGACGGCCGCGAUCCCGACUUCGCCGCCUCCCUUCGCACCAUCGGCCCCGUGACCCCCAACCCAACAUACUCUCCCAGCAGCACCUUCACGCAUCAACCCGCGCCAACCGUCUUCCCACCAGCCACUAACCCCGCAUUAUUGGUUUUCUCGUCUCGACAGCGCAUUACCAAGGCGGCGGAGCAGGAGGCGGAAGCGAUGGGGAAAAUGGAUUUCCAGGGAAGGGAGUUUCUGGAUGCGUUGACUAUAAGGCAGGUUUUGGCGAUGAGGGAUAGGCAGGGUCUAGGGGAGAGGGAGAUUGAGAGGGUGUUGAGGUUGAAGAAGGGUGUGGUGGGGAAGUUGGGUGUGAGGGGGGUGGUUGGGGAUAUUGGUUGA